GUACUACCUAGCUAGGUAUGUACACAAACAGAGAUUGUGGGGUAUGCGAUCUGCCUCGGCGCUCCUAGCGUGCUCCAUCAGGGCUCCGGCCUGGAUCGCUUGGAAUCGGAUGGUGGAUUCGGCACUGCUAAGGCUACGGAUUCUUCUGCUGCAAAUGGGAAUCUCGGAACCACUGCAGCGCAGCGUGGCCCUGCUGCCAAGGCGCGACGGUUUGCGGGGCACGGUAGAUCAUAUAUCAGGGGGCAGAUUCAGGCUAAACUGCCGAGCAAGACCCAUCUUGGCCCCUUUCAUUCGCAGCUGUCGACGAUGGUGGCGCAUGGCGAACCAGGAGCCAGGGUUGGUCAAUGCCAGGAGACACAACAAGAUGCAAUUCGCCGGCAGAAAGCUGACAACACCAUGGCGCCCCUCUUCACUGCCAUCCUGGUGACGGAGAUGGCGGCGCAUAGACGCCGGCGGAAACCCAGUCGUUACCCCCUGGCCAAUAUACCCUUGGAAAGCAUAGUACAUGGCAUAACAGCUCGGUGGGAAUCCCGGGUGUUCCUGCCCUGUAGCCGGGUAAGGACAUGGAUAGAGCGGG